GGUCAAUUGACUUAUUCUGACUCUCUCUUCCCUCUUCCCUUCUCGUCAAACCCUAUCAAUGGCGACCGAUCUGCCACACAUUCUCGUUCUGGGUCCUCCGAUGAUCUUCCGAGACUUCCAAUCCCAACACUCUCACACUUUCAACUUCCUCAACUUCUUCGACUCUUCCCUUUCUCUUCCCCAAUUCCUCUCCUCCCACAACAUUCAUCCCUCUUCCGUUCGCGCCAUUCUCUGCAACCCUAUGCAGCGCCUCAACGCCGAUGUCCUCCGCUCUCUCCCCUCCCUCGGCCUCAUCGUCACCACCAGCAUCGGCACCGAUCAUAUUGACAUGCCCGAGUGCCGCCGCCUCGGCGUCCGCGUCGCCUCCGCCGGAGGAGCCUUCACCGACGAUGUCGCCGACCUGGCCGUCGGGUUGUUCCUCGAUGUUCUGAUGAGGAUUUCUACCGCUAAUCGACGUGUCAGGGAAGGGCUUCGAUCUGAUGAACUCCGGAAUAUACCCCCGGCUUUACGGGUGGGAGGCAAGCGAGUCGGGAUAAUUGGAUUGGGAAAAAUAGGGAUGGAAGUGGCGAAGAGGCUCGAACCCAUGGGGUGCAAAAUAAUGUACAAUUCAAGAAGCAAGAAACCAUGGGUGGCGUACCCAUUUUACGGCAGUGCGGUGGAGCUGGCAGCUAAUAGCGACGCUCUGGUUGUGUGCUGUGCAUUGACAGAGCAGACGCAUCACAUAGUGGACAGGCAAGUGAUGGAGGCGCUGGGAAGAGAGGGAGUGAUAGUGAACGUAGGAAGAGGGGGUCUGGUGGAGGAGAAGGAACUGGUGAGGCGUCUGGUGAGUGGGGAGAUAGCAGGUGCCGGCCUGGACGUGUUUGAGAAUGAGCCUCUCGUUCCCAAUCAGCUCUUCUCUUUGGAUAAUGUUGUGCUCUCCCCUCAUGCUGCUGCUCUCACUUCCGAGUCUUUCAAUCACAUCUCCCAACUUGCCGCUGCUAAUCUCCACGCCUUCUUUUCAAAUCAACCCUUGCUCACUCCCGUCACGCUGGACUGAACUGAAGGAGGUGUAUUUCAGGAGACAUCGUCAGCCAAUAAAUAAGUGUGUUUUUUCUGUGCUCCAGCUGUGGUUCUAACAAUGACGAUAUGUGUUUAAAUAUGAGUUGCAAUGAAUAAUUUGAGUUUGGGAAGCUAUAGUUCCCACAUUAUUGCUCUGCUCUGUUCAACCUGCCCGAAUCAGAGUAAGCCUUUUGUUCCGUUCACGAAUUCUUGGAUGAUUGAAGGAUUCAGGUUAUUUACAUUCUCAAAAUCAAUAUAUAGCGAUAUGCCAUGAUGUCAAUGGACCUGUCCCUAACUCAGC